GGUUGCUAGGAGACUGUGUCGAAGUUGCUGAGUAGGAAGGGAAGAAUAUAAUACAAAAUACAACGUAAAAUACACAGAGUUUAUUCCUUAAGUAAAACGUACGACUUUAGAUACAUCGUCUCGAAAACAUCAGUUGUAAUGGUAAAGUUGAGGGCAAGGUGUCUACUUUUCGGGGAUGCUGCAGUUGGGAAAAGUUCUCUUUCCCAUGUGUUCUACAGGGACGGCAACCUCUUUCAGAAGAACUAUAGCAUGACAACAGGAGUGGAGCUGCUGGUGAAGUGUGUCAGCAUCCCAGAGACCGGCGACAGUGUGGAGCUCUAUAUUGUAGACACUGCGGGGAAGGAGACACUAUCAGAGGCCUGCGAAAAAAUGUGGGGUGAACCCUCGUUGCUGUGCCUGAUUUUUGACUUGACCAAUGAGCAGUCUUUUGCCAGCUGCAGCCACUGGAUGGAGCGAGUCCGGGUACACUGUCAGGGUCUUCAGGUUCCAGGUGUCCUGGUGGGCAACAAGUCAGAUCUGACCGAAAGAAGGGAAGUGCAGGCAUCCUUAGCUAAAGAAUGGGCCCAGAGCCAGGGAUUGGAGUAUCAUGAGACUUCAGCUAAGGAGAUGAUAAACUGUGAGGCUCCUUUCCUUAGUUUAGCCCGGGCCUUUCACUUUCUUUACCAAGAACGUUGUGAGACCAUCCAAAACCUUAGCCCAGGCUAGACCACAUCCCAGUCCUACACAAACAGAGACAUAAGACUUCCAUUCAGGGAAUUUAAUAGACGGAGAGCUAUUGAACCCAAUAAUGCAUGCACAAAACAAGAUUUUCCUCUUAUGCUGCCUCAACUGCAUAACAUUUUGUUGAAAAUAAUAUUUUAAUACGACCACAAAUAAAGGAUUUGUUGUGAUAAUCA